CCGACGCUGCAUCAUUCCGCACCCGCUGCAGCGCGGCCGGACGGAGCAGGUGGAGCGGGCGGGCGCGGCGAGCCGGAGCGCGGGGCCCGAGGAGACUGCAGUGACGCUGCCCGGAGACAUGGCGGCUGUGCGUCUCUGAAUAAGCAGAAUCGGAGCCCCUCGCAGCCUCCGGCCGCCGCAGCCUGGCCAUGCCGCACGGCUGUUGACCGCACGCAGGGGCCGGCCCGGAGGACACAUGCCGCAGCAGCUGCCGCCUCGCCCCUGAUCCUCUCCCCUGCAUUCUCCAUGUUGCAUUUCUCGCCGGUUUCUCAGGCGGUGUAGCCGCGGCUGCCGGAGGGGCAACCGGGGCAUUGCUCUGCUCGUACAUCCAGCUACACGUUUCUUUUCCAUUUUCAUCCUUCCCUCCUUAGUUCCUUUUCCCUUCCCCCGCCUGCUUUGCAUCCAUCUCCCACACCCCGUUACCCCCUCCUGCCUCCAUCCGCCGGGGCUAUGGCCGCGGAAGAGGUAUUGCAGACCGUGGACCAUUAUAAGACCGAGAUAGAGAGGCUGACCAAGGAGCUCACGGAGACGACCCACGAGAAGAUCCAGGCGGCCGAGUACGGGCUGGUGGUACUGGAAGAGAAGCUGACCCUCAAACAGCAGUAUGACGAGCUGGAGGCUGAGUAUGACAGCCUCAGACAGGAGCUGGAGCAGCUGAAAGAGGCAUUUGGGCAGUCCUUCUCUAUCCACCGUAAGGUUGCUGAGGAUGGAGAGACUCGGGAGGAAACACUUCUGCAGGAGUCAGCAUCGAAGGAAGCUUACUAUCUGGGGAAGAUCUUGGAGAUGCAGAACGAACUGAAACAGAGCCGGGCCGUGGUGGCCAACGUGCAGGCAGAAAAUGAGAGGCUCACAGCUGUCGUGCAGGAUCUGAAGGAGAACAAUGAGAUGGUGGAGCUACAAAGAAUACGGAUGAAGGAUGAAAUCCGAGAAUAUAAAUUCCGUGAGGCCCGCCUCCUUCAGGACUAUACUGAACUAGAAGAGGAAAACAUAACGCUGCAGAAACUGGUGUCCACAUUAAAGCAGAACCAGGUUGAAUACGAAGGUUUAAAGCAUGAGAUUAAGCGAUUUGAGGAGGAGACGGUGCUGCUAAAUAGCCAACUGGAAGAUGCCAUCCGGUUGAAAGAAAUCGCUGAGCACCAACUGGAAGAAGCCCUUGAGACCUUAAAAAAUGAAAGGGAGCAAAAGAACAGCCUGCGGAAGGAGCUCUCCCAGUACAUCACACUCAAUGAUAACCAUAUCAGCAUUUCAGUCGAUGGACUCAAGUUUGCAGAGGAUGGAAGUGAACCCAACAAUGAUGACAAAAUGAACGGGCAUAUUCAUGGGCCCCUUGUGAAACUGAAUGGAGACUAUCGGACUCCCACUCUAAGGAAAGGAGAGUCUCUACACCCUGUUUCUGACUUAUUCAGUGAGCUGAACAUCUCAGAAAUACAGAAAUUGAAGCAGCAACUUAUGCAGGUAGAACGGGAAAAGGCCAUUCUUCUGGCCAAUCUCCAGGAGUCACAGACGCAGCUGGAACACACCAAGGGGGCACUGACGGAGCAGCACGAACGGGUGCACCGGCUCACAGAGCACGUUAAUGCCAUGAGGGGCCUGCAGAGCAGCAAGGAGCUCAAGCAGCUGGACGGGGAAAAGGGCCAGGACUCGGGAGAGGAGACCCAUGACUAUGAGGUGGACAUCAAUGGCUUAGAGAUACUUGAAUGCAAAUACAGGGUGGCAGUAACUGAGGUGAUCGAUUUGAAAGCUGAAAUUAAGGCCUUAAAGGAGAAAUAUAAUAAAUCUGUAGAAAACUAUACUGAAGAGAAGACGAAGUAUGAGAGUAAGAUCCAGAUGUAUGAUGAGCAGAUUACAGGCCUUGAGAAGACCACCAAGGAGAGUGGAGAGAAGAUGGCCCAUAUGGAGAAGGAGUUGCAAAAGAUGACCAGCAUAGCCAAUGAAAAUCACAAUACCCUUAAUACAGCCCAGGAUGAGUUGGUGACAUUUAGUGAGGAGCUAGCUCAGCUUUACCAUCAUGUAUGUCUGUGUAAUAAUGAAACCCCUAACAGGGUCAUGCUGGACUACUAUAGGCAAAGUAGAGUCACCCGUAGUGGCAGCCUGAAAGGGCCUGAUGAUCCCAGGGGACUUUUGUCUCCACGGUUAGCCAGGCGGGGUGUGUCAUCCCCUGUAGAAACAAGGACCUCACCUGAACCAGUUUCAAAAGAAAACACAGAGGCCAGCAAAGAACCAAGUCCAACCAAGACUCCCACCAUCUCUCCUGUUAUUACUGCCCCACCAUCAUCUCCAGUAUUAGACACAAGUGACAUCCGCAAAGAACCAAUGAAUAUCUACAACCUUAAUGCCAUAAUCCGGGACCAAAUCAAACAUCUGCAGAAAGCUGUGGACCGGUCCUUGCAACUGUCUCGUCAAAGAGCUGCGGCACGGGAGCUGGCCCCCAUGAUUGAUAAAGACAAAGAAGCCCUAAUGGAAGAGAUCCUCAAGCUUAAGUCCCUACUGAGCACCAAACGGGAGCAGAUCGCCACACUGAGGGCAGUGCUGAAAGCCAACAAACAGACAGCUGAGGUGGCAUUAGCUAAUCUCAAGAACAAAUAUGAAAACGAAAAAGCAAUGGUGACUGAAACUAUGACGAAACUUAGAAAUGAACUGAAGGCUUUGAAAGAAGAUGCAGCAACUUUCUCAUCCCUGAGAGCAAUGUUUGCAACAAGAUGUGAUGAAUAUGUCACACAGUUGGAUGAGAUGCAGAGACAGUUAGCAGCUGCAGAGGAUGAGAAGAAGACUCUAAACACUUUGUUACGAAUGGCUAUCCAGCAAAAACUCGCCCUGACCCAGCGGCUGGAGGACUUAGAGUUUGACCAUGAGCAGUCCCGUCGCAGCAAAGGCAAACUUGGAAAGAGCAAGAUCGGCAGCCCUAAAGUAAGUGGGGAGGCAUCAGUCACCGUGCCCACCAUAGACACUUACCUCCUGCAUAGUCAGGGCCCACAGACACCCAACAUUCGGGUCAGCAGUGGCACUCAGAGGAAAAGACAAUUUUCACCUUCCCUUUGUGAUCAGAGCCGUCCCAGGACUUCAGGGGCUUCCUACCUACAGAAUUUAUUAAGAGUUCCCCCUGAUCCCACCUCCACAGAAUCAUUUCUUCUGAAGGGCCCCCCUUCCAUGAGUGAAUUCAUCCAAGGGCACCGGCUCAGCAAGGAAAAAAGGUUAACCGUGGCUCCACCAGAUUGUCAGCAGCCUGCUGCCUCCGUACCGCCACAGCGCUCACAACUAGCCGGGGGGCAAGACUGCCCGACUCUCAGUCCUGACAUAGCUCUGCCCGAUGAGCAGCCACAUUCCAGCUCUCAGUGCGCCCCUCUACACUGUCUCUCCAAGCCUCCUUACCCCUAGUCUUCAUCUCCCGUGGACGAAUACCUGGGGUGAACGUUUUGUAGCCACACACAGGAUACUGCCCAAGAUCCAGCGCAUGUUUUCUUCUCGGUGGUUAGAGGUUUGAUUGAAUUAAUGGCCAUCAUUUUGCAAGAUGAGAGGAAGUUGGGAAGAAUAACACAAAGCACAGACUCCGGUGUGAUAAAACACUUUAUGGUUUCUCUAAGUCACAGAUAAACUUCUGCAAUCAAAUGGCUACAGUUCAGUUAAAUCAAAAUAAAUGAAACAGGAAAUAUGUAUCUCAAAUGGCUGGCUUUACCUCGAUAGCUUAAGAGAGACCUCAGACAAUGUAAAAUACAUAUAUUGUAAAAUCAUCUUUCCUUACACUUCAAAUUCAGCUACAGAAGUUGAUUCUAAUUUUUUGGUCAUUGAUAUUUACUUUGUACUUUAUUUGCCACAUGAUUUAUGUCUAUAAAAAUCAUUUCUAUGAGAGAUGAACUUCAUUUAUUUUAAAAUACACAUAAUUUGCUCAAUUAAGUAUGAUUUUAAUUUAGUCUGAAAUCUGGAAUUGGCCAGACUGUGGUCAUUUUUCUUGCACAAAGUGAUAAAUGAGGUGCAUCGGAAUGUUAACAAUAACUGUAUUUUGCUGCUACACUGAUAUUGUUUAUGCACUUACUUUCUAAUCGGUAGCUCAUUGUCUGCUGUUUUUUCUGUUUUGUUUUUUUUUUUAACUAGAAUUCUUCACUGGACAUUAUUAAGUAAAUCUAAAGAAGAGACUAUGUUAUGAUUCAUUGACUUAUUCAACUUUUGAUGGCAUCUUUAAUUUUUUUUAAAUUGCAGACAAGUAGAUGCACUGGUGCUGCUCCUUUGUGUGUGUAUAUGUGUGUGUGAUAAUGUUAAAGAAGGCUAAAUAACGUGAAGGGAAAAAAAUGGUGUGUUUAUUUAAUGAUCAGAAUUUUUUUUACUUCUCCCCAAUUCAGGGUCUACUAUGAGUAUUUCUUGUUACAAGAUAUCAAGUAUAAAUGGGAAAAAUAUAUGCAUAUGUAAGUUAGCCUUUGGUUAAUUAAUUUACCCAGAAAGUGUUCAAAUUCUGAUUAAAAUUGUAUGUUCUGUUGUUGUUAGGUUUUUUUCAUAAUGCAUCUUCCUUGCCAAAAAAACAACAGGUAAUAAACCUUAGCUCACUGUCUACUUUUGACAAACACUCAGGUGCCUACAAUCAUUAUGUUAUAUUGAGACAAUACAUGUUCCUAGUUAAUUUACAGAUUCUGCUGAGUAACUUUUAUGACUUAAUUUAAGGCAGUGGAUUUUCACAGCAAAAUUAAUUUUGCACAUAAUCUGACAAACAAGGAAAACAGCUAAUUGAGCUGAAAGGUCUAACACUCUUGGGCUCCUUAUAUCAAGUGCUGCCCACACACCUGCUCCUAUCCCUCAUUCCUUGUCUAGUCAGGUAGCCUUAACUUGUUUAAAACCAUACCGGUUUGACCUUUUCGUGUAAUGAUAUCUGUAACUUCUCUUUAAAACAAAACAAUCCUCACUAUUAACACAAAAGGUAGUUAACAAUGCAGGGCUCUAACAAUGGCGAUCCAGUAGGAGCCACUCAGCUUACUUAGUGGAAGUGGUGGAACACUAGUAGAGUGGCCCAUCAAAGGUGGCAGCCAGUCGACAAGUCGUAAAGCACAGAGCAGGAGCUCUCAUCAAUCGUACACCUAUUAAGUAGUGGUCACUGUUACCAAAGCAACCAAGGGAUUUUGAAUUCCUCAUAUGAGUGCUAUUUUCAACAGUGUCAUUUAUUAUGCAACUUGCAGUAGUUGGAAAUCUUCACCAAAAUAGGGAUUCAGGUUAAAAUACGGAAAAAGAAACAAAACAAAUCUUCAUAAAGCCCUGAUCAUGGCCACCUAAACUUCUGCUCUUUCCACUUGCAUUGCCUUGCUAUUCUAAACAUUUUCUUUAUUUUAUUGGUGUUGUAUCUGCCUGGUACCAGUCUUAGUGAGACUGUGUGGAUUUUAUUAGAGUUCAGUUAAAGGAAGCUCCCCCACCCCCGUCCCUGCUUUUUCUUUUUCAAGCAUCAUGUGUUCGGACCUGAGAAGUGGCAUAGCUGCUAAGUUGACUUUUAAUUAAAAACUGUGCCUGAGGGAAAAUAUGCCUUUUUAAAAAGUACCUCAGAACAUUUUCCUAUAUUGCCUCAUCAGUUUUGUUGGUGGUGCAGGGAAUUCAGCAGUGAGUAUUGUCUGUGUGUAACUAUAGGGCAUUUGUGCUCUCUUACGCUAUAUUUGUGACCAGCUGAAAAGCUGGGUCAUAGACAAAACACUUACUUCUUCCAAUAAAAAGUUUAUCAUUAAGUCUAUUAUAUACUAGUUUUAUUUCAGUUCAUUAUAUUAACAGAGUGGGAAAUGCUUGUUUUGAAAUAGUAAUUCUAUAAAAAUGUUAAUUUUAGCAAACUUUGCCAGAAAGAUAUAGAAACUUGGAAAUAAAUUUCUAAUUUUCAGCACAAAACUAGAUUGUAGUCCCUAAGCAGUAAGAGAGAGUUCCAUGUAUUUAUACUGUGGUUUCACUUAGUAUAGUUUAAACUGGGCCAUAUCUAUAUUUAUUUAUAGGCAUUUAAAAUGGACAAAUAUGUGUAGCAUUGAUAAAAAUCAGUACCUGUAAAGAAACAUCAGGAUUUAAAAGGAAACUGGAAAACUGAAGAACUAGUGAAAAUAAAAAAGAAUAAACCUCAAUAAGACUAGUUGAAGACAGACUUGGGGAAGAAAAACCAACUAUAGAAGUAUAAUGACAAUACUGGCUAAUUAUUGCAAACACAGUGGGCAAAGAUUAAAGAUAACUAGCAAGACUUUAAAAAGUAAGCACAAUUACCAUACUGAAAAGAAUAGGAUGCAGAAAUACUUUACUACUGAGGAUUUUUCUUAGUUAAAAAAAUAAAAUAUUUAAAAUAAAAAGGAGCAAUAAAUUGCCUUUGGUCUGGGUGCACAGGGGCAUACAGGACCCAGAAUUAAUCAUUCCAAUCAACUCAUGAUUCAUCAUAUCCCUUUUUCAUAUCCAGUUCUGUUUCAAUAAGAGGAAUUUGGAGAACUUGGUGAAAAUAGAAAGUUAUUAAAUAAUUAAGAAAAGAUUUAUCAAGAUUAUACUUUAGCCUAGGGAAGAAGAGGUACAAUAGUGAUCAUCAAGAAAAUUUAACAAAGGAUAGGUACCAACUAUGGCUGCCGUUACGAAGAUUAGAAUUAAAAAAAUGUCUUCGGUCUGAAGGAUUUAUAUUAACUCUUGGAAGGAGACUUUAAACAGUAGGAAAUUAAUCAUCAAAAUUGAUAAUCAUAAGGAAGAUUUGUUUUUUAAGAAUUAAAUAUUACUGGUGGUCUAGUAAGGAUUAAGUUAUGUGGCAAGAAAUCUUACCAUAAUGUAUUAUAAUUCUGGGAUUCCAUAAUUCUAUGGUUCUUUUAUUUAAAAUUUAAAAAUACAUUAAAUUUAUACUGGUUAGUCAUAAAAUAUUUUAUCCCUUGAAAAUAGGAUAACAAUCUUAAUUUUUCCAAGAUAUUUGGUUAAAAAACAAAACAGCGUUGUCAGUAUUAUUUUUCCUUCCAGCUAUAUUUCAUAAUAUCUUUAAAGUUGUCCAGAAUGUAGUAAUUUUACCAUAAAAAGCCUCAAUUGUCAGAGUCUAAAAAAACAAACGUCCUCAGGAAUACUUCAGAAAUAGGUAUGCAAUCCCUCAGGGGGACAAAUUCUUCUCAAAUUUUAUCUUUUCUUAAAAGGAUCUUCAGUCUACAAUAUUUGCUUUUUCCAUGCUUUGAAAAAUUUUCCUGUACAGAUAGUCUUUCUGUUUCAAACAAGCAUGAAACACCAGUCAAAUUAAUCAACUGUGAAUGUGGACAUUUCCUGAUAUUCUGUUUUAAAUAAAAUCUUUACAAUUCUCAAUUGGAAAUUACAAAAUAUGAAAAGGAAGAAAUGAAAUAUAUUUUCUACUGAGCUAAGAAUGGCAAAUUUAAUGUGUAAUUGUUAUAAUCAAUCAGCCAAAAGACAUAAUCUGUAUCUUAGAAAGACACAUCAUGGGAAACUGAUGGAUUUCCACCAAGGAACUGUGCUAGUUCAACCCAUGAUGCCACAAAUGUGUUAAUAUUGUAGAUAUAAAGUAGGACUAGAUUCAAAAGGAACUCUUAGGAUAAAGUUCAUAAUUUAAAAAAUUUACCCUCUAUGUUUUUUGUUUGUUUAUAAACCAGAGUAAUUUAAAAUAGUCCUUAUAUUUAAGAUUUCAAAAAAUUUACAAGAAUAUGUUUUCAUUAAAUAGAAUACAAUUCUUCAAAAAGCUGUUAAAUUGAAGAUGUGAUAGAUAACAUGAUCAGUACUGAUAUUGACAAGCAAUUUUUAUUUUAAAAUCACUUUCUGUGGACGUACAAGACCAAUCUAGCUCCCGAGUGACCUUUUCCAUUGUUUGUAAUAAUGCCCCCAGAUGAGUUGUAUCUGUAAUUUAAUUCAUCUUUAUUUAAAUGACAAGUUAACUGCCACAGUCCUUGAUACAUUGCAUUUGUAUCCUGAUCCUAUUAUAUUUACAUCUGAAAGAUUUCAUCUAGACAUCUCUUUUGUCCUUCUUAAAGAAUAACUUAAAAAGAUAUUUAGUAUUAAGAUAUGUUCCCUAAUCAAGGAUUUUCCAGAAAUAAUAUUCUACUUAUGAAGAAGAGCAGCAAUUAACUGCCUUUAGUGUAAGGGUGUGAGUGCAUAAAAGUAUGCCGUGUAAAAUGUUUGCAUGAGAUAUUUCACAUCAUGUAAGCUUUCCCAUAUUCAUAAUAUGAACACUAUAGAAAAUCUUAUUUCUCUUGUGAUCUCUCCAUUAGGAAUGUAAGGAGAUUCUUUCCUAUAUCUGGUCUCCUUUCCAUAUUGAAAUGCAUGGCUCUAAUCCCUGGUGUAUUUUCAUCCUUUCCUCUAGAGUUAUUUGAAAUUUGCCCUAUUUAAACUGAAGCCUGGAUAAACUGCUGAGCCAGAUUAUUUCUGUGGUUGGAGUUUAAUUGCUAUAGAACAUUGGUUGAGAACAUGUUUUUAUUUUAACUUCUUUUUCUUUCAAAAUUAUUCUGUUAUGGUCCUCUAAUGAAAACACUGAGAAGUAAAUCUGAUGCUUUCUAGUAUGACUGUUUUUCUUUUUAAAAAGUCAUUUUAAAACAAAUAUCAGAGAACUAUAAAGAGAAAUGGCAUCAUUUUGUUGACAAAUCAUUAUUCAGUGAUAAUGGAGAUACAGAAUGAAUCAUUUUGUUGUUUGAGUUCAAACAUAUGAUUGUGCACCAAAUCUUAGAGGAAGUAAAUGAUUUUAACUUAUUGUCACAAAGUUUUCAGCUCAAUGGUGUGACUGUUAGUCAAUUAAACAAUUCUUUGAAAAUAUUUUAUGACAUUUUUGUAAUCUACUCAGUGUUUUUAUUUGCAUGAUUAUGCAUAUGUGAUGAACCAUACAUAAUUCUAACACUGUAUUUCUUUCCAGUAUUAACACUUGUGUAAUGUGUGGCCAACCCUGAUUUGUACACUGUAUGAUUAUUGUUGUAAUGGCCCUGCUAUUCUUACAUUUAAUUGCAAUUUUGUUAUUAUGCCUUUUGGUGUUAAAUGAUGUGAAGUGUUUCCACCUAAUGAUAAUACCAUAUGAAAACUUGACUAAAAGACUGACCUAAGACACUCUCUGUUGCUAAUUAUUUUUUUAAAUCCAAAUUUCAUAGGAAACUUGUUCUCGAAGACAAAUGCCUUUAUUUUAAAUCCAAAAAAUUAUUUUAUGAAUUUAUUUUUGCUUGUCCUUUUAAACUUUUUUUGUUGACAAUCCUAAGUGAAUGUCUCAUGGGAGAAUCCAUACAGUAUGUGCUUGUAUUUAUAUUUGAUCAUGCACUCAAUGGUUGGAAAAGGCACUACAGUGCUAAGAAAAUAACCGAGGCCAAUACAUCAAUUCUUUUAUCUUGGUUUAUGUUACCAACCGCAUAUGGUGUAAUGCAUAACUCUUUCCAGUAAAUAAACUGGUUAUCUUUCAUUCAUUUCA